AGAAUCCCGAGGAGUUUCCCGUGUCUUUCUUCACCCCAAGUUGAAGACAAGCGAUCGGAUGCGGUCCCACAGUCCCGUCUCAACUGCAAAAAAGAAAAAAAAGAAAGAAAAAAAAGAUCUGUCUAUCUCCAUUCAGUCCUCCACUGCGGUUGCCCACCAAGAUGGACAGAGAUUACCCCAGGAUCCAGAGUUGCCCCCCGCAGAAGUGGUGCCAGUAGUGUCCCCUCCUAGCCUGAAGGAGGUGCAGCAGGCCGUGCGGGAGGCAUCAGAGCAGGUGGAAGGUCGUGGGGCCGAGGAAGUGCUGAAAGAGCUGCUGGAGAGAGUGGUGGAGGCAGCCCUGGGACAGGCGGAAGCAGGGAACGAAGCAAAAGCGAAUGUAGUGCAGGAAGCGGUUGAGGAGGAUUCACUGGGGACAGAAUCAAAAGAGAGUGAAGCUGAGGCAGAAGUGCUAGAGGAGGCAGUGGAGAAUGAAAAUAUGGGUGACAAGGAGGAGGAUACCGGUGUUAAAGAGAAGCAGGAGGUAGCAGAGGCGGAUGCGCUUGAAGAUGUGGCCGAGGAGGGGAAAGGAGUUGUCGAGGCAGAGGGUGAAACAGCAGCUGGAUCUGUGGAGAAGACCACAGCAGGUGUAGAAACUGGAGUCAGAGAAGCAGAGGGUGUGGAGGUUAUCGAUGAGUCGCAGGGAAGUGAGGAGGAGGUUGUGGAAGGAGCUGUGGCCGCUUUAGAAGAGACAGGAGGGGAUUUUGCCAUAGAGAAGGCAGGGGAGGACAGCGAGGAUGAGCUCGUGUUGUCAGAAGAAAAAGGAGCAGGUGAAACAGAAAUACAGGAAGCAGAGGAAGCCCCAGCUGCUGUGGAGAUGGCAGUAAUUGGACAGACAGAUCAGGAGACUGUGGAAGAAUCUGAACCAUGGCUAGGAGAGGCUGACGUGGAGCAGAUAGGGCAUGAUGGGGCGAGAGAAGAGGCUCCAGGGGAUGAAACUCAGGUAGAUGAAACGGAAGGUGAAGAAAUAGUAGUGCCUUCUGAUAAUUAUGAGAUAGAAGCCACACAAAGUGUAGUAGAAGAACCAGUAGAGGGGGAGGAGAAGGAGGAAAAUAUAGUAAAGGAUCCUGAAGGGCUAGAAGGAGAGGAUGGCUAUUUAGUGGAGGGAGGAACUGCAGAAGAGAAAGAAGCAGAAGGUGCAGAUGUAGGGGAAGUAACAGGAGAUGAAAUAGAAGGAGAGAGUGUAAUCAAGGAGGAAUCAGUGGCAUUGGUGAAUGAGGAAAGCGUUCAAAAAGCAGGGGAGGAGGAACAGACUGCUGUGGAGACUUCAAACGGUGGUGAAAAGGAGGAUGAAGAAGUGCCGGUGAUCUCUGGCCCAGAGCCUGGGGAUGGUGAAGAAGCCUUUGUGGAGCAGAGCCCUGAGAACCAGGCUCCCUCCCCAAACCCAUCCGUCAGUGAGGUGGAACCUGGAGAAAACACUCCUGAUGAGGAGAAGUCAGACCAUGGCAACGAGAUCAUCACCACCACCGAUGACCUUUUGCCACAGGAGCCCGCUGUGGCUCAACCUACACUGGAUCAUUUUGUGAAUGGUGUUCUAGGUGAACAACCCGAGGCCCAAGGAGAGGAACCAGGAGAGGCCAAUGAGCUGGUAGAAGAUACAGCUGGAACUAUAGAGACAAAUGAGCUGGGCCUGGAGGCAUGGAAGAUUGGGGCUAUUUCCGCUGCAGUGUUCUUGGUUUUGGAGACUGUUGUCAUCAUUAUCUAUAUCCUCAAAUGUCGCAACAAAAACAGUACCCCGGCCCGACAGCGGGCAUGCGAGGAAGGGUGCGUUGAACCAGAGGCAGCUACAGGAGGUGACUGCAGUGACGACACACUGCCUGCAGGCAAUGGAGACACUCAACAGUACGUUCACACUUCACAGUAUCUAUACUGAUGGCACAUUACAUACAUACAGUGUCAUAAAAAAAAAGCCUCCAGAAUGGCUUCAAAGUUCCUUGGAAGUCAUUUUCCAUGUCUUCAGAUCUUGACUGGAGGGAUGUACACUAUUCUUCCAAAAGAUAUUUCCUCCUUUUGUACUUGGAGUUUCAUCUAAUACAUCUAACGCGUUUAACAUAUCAGCCUGAAAUCUUCCAGAGGCGUUCGCUUGGGUGGAAAUUUGCUGAAAGUGAAGUCAUACAAGGAGGCAUAUCACAGCAUUUGAAUGCCUCUUAAAGCAUUCAGUCAGCCCUUUUACAUGGAAGCUUCUGCCUUCGUUGCUGUCUUUCUCUACUCAUUUAUCAAGUUUUGCUUUAAUUUAUCAACCAUCUGUACAUGUACUGUAUAUAUAUAUAUUUAUACAACAUUUCUUGAACGGACAAAAAUGACUUUUACAGAUGGUGAAUUAAAAUUAAAACUGACGGCAGCGAUCGAACAAAACGUCCACACACUGCUCUGACAGCGAAGAUGAAGAUCUCAUUGUCAGCCUUCACCAGACUUCACCAUAGAUCAGCAUUAGCAGUUCACUGUACAUGAUCUCACUGAGAUCAAAGAGGAAUUCUCUCUGCCCGGCUUUUCUCUACUCUCUCCCACUCCACUUCCUCCUAAAAGGUGAUUUGCUUUUGCUCCCAUCAAACUGACCUCUACAGCAUCAGUCUCCCUGUCACCUACACUAACCAGAUGUCAGACAUUCCCUUUGUCAGCUGACUGAAUAUUGUGCACUGACCUGCAUACUUGUGGUUCAUAGGAACCGCCAGUUGUGUGCUUCUCAGCUGAUUCCCUUCUGGCUGUUUUGUAGCUUACGUGCACAGGAUUCUGUUCACUGCAUCACAUGAGAGUGUGAGUCCCGUGAAUCCAGAGAAUUACUGGGUAAUACCGCUAUUUACCCUAAUCAGACUAGCAGGCUUGAAUCAAUAAUAAGCCAAAGGUGCAUAUGUGCAAGGAGCGUCCAUUUGAAACUAUGGAAGGACACGAUGUGCAAGAAACAAAAACAAAUUCACUAAAACUCAAGGCGAGAUUGAAAAAGUGGAUUUAAACAAACCUCAGCUGAAGAGGACUGUGUCCGUUGCUUGUGCAAGCGAACGUGUGCAAGACACAAAGAGGAAUGUGAUGAAUGCCCAGCACAAGCGAUAACAAAGCAACACUGAAUCAUUUAACAGUCAACAGAGUCAUCUUGAAAUGCGUCCUUGUUAAGAGACUGUAUAGCUGCAAUGACAAUCCAGCUGUCAUUUGAAGACGGAAUCACUAAAUCACUGUCAACUAAAAAAUAAAAGCACUUUUCAAAUAGUAUCUAAAAGUCUCAUCUUUUCAUCUUUUCUCAUCAUCUGAAUAACAAAUGAGCUGCUCCUUGUACAUACUGGGAUGCAAGAAGCCAGGAUAGAAAGCAAGUAAACUCCAGAUCAAAGCAUCAAGCUAAAUCUUCUUUAGCAUUUCAACCAUGUGACUGUAAUUCAAACAGCAGUUAGUUACCUGGAAAUGA